AAAAAUGGCAGGCAUACUUCGCGCAAUAUACAUAUAUACAUAUAUAUUCUUUUGGUUUAAACAUUUAGCGGGUGGGUGGAACUCAGUCGUAAUUACAUCCGUUCGAACCACCGCAUCGAUCCGACUCCCGCUCGACAAAAAAUACACGCGCAGCGACGGUCCGCAAGAAAUCAGCGUAAAUCACACACUCUCUUCGGGCGAUAAACAACAACACUCGAAGAAAAACAAUGAAGGUCUGCUGCAUCGGCGCGGGAUAUGUCGGGGGCCCCACCUGCGCGGUGAUGGCGCUCAAGUGUCCCGACAUAGUCAUUACCCUAGUGGACAAGAGCUCCGAGCGGAUUGCCCAGUGGAAUUCGGAUAAAUUACCAAUUUACGAGCCCGGUCUCGAUGACGUGGUGAAAAAGUGCCGAAACGUUAACUUGUUCUUUUCUACGGAUAUCGAGACGGCCAUCAAGGAGGCGGACCUUAUUUUCAUCUCGGUGAACACGCCCACAAAGACCUGCGGCAAUGGCAAGGGACGAGCGGCGGAUCUUAAAUAUGUGGAGAGUGCAGCCCGGAUGAUCGCCGAGAUUGCGCAGUCCAACAAGAUUGUGGUUGAAAAGAGCACGGUGCCCGUGCGGGCAGCGGAAAGCAUCAUGCACAUUCUGCGGGCAAAUCAGAAGCCCGGCAUCCACUACGACAUCCUGUCUAAUCCAGAAUUCCUGGGAGGGACUGCUAUCAAUGAUCUGCUAAAUGCUGAUCGGGUUCUCAUCGGCGGUGAGGAAACGCCCGAGGGCCAUCAGGCUGUGGAGAAGCUUUCGUGGAUCUAUGAGCACUGGAUACCCAAGCAGCACAUUCUUACCACCAAUACGUGGAGCAGCGAACUGUCCAAGUUGGCGGCCAAUGCUUUUCUGGCUCAGCGCAUCUCCAGCAUCAAUUCGCUAUCCGCUGUGUGCGAGGCCACUGGUGCCGAUGUCUCCGAGGUGGCAAGGGCCGUCGGUUUAGAUUCUCGUAUCGGUUCCAAGUUCCUGCAGGCCUCCGUAGGCUUCGGCGGUAGCUGCUUCCAAAAGGACAUUCUCAACCUGAUUUACAUCUGCGAGAACCUCAAUCUACCAGAAGUGGCAGCCUACUGGCAGCAGGUGAUCGACAUGAAUGACUACCAGAAACGACGAUUUUCGCAGAAGAUCAUCGAGAGUCUGUUCAACACAGUUUCGGACAAAAGGAUAGCCAUCCUCGGGUUCGCCUUCAAGAAGAAUACGGGAGAUACCCGAGAAACAGCGGCAAUUACAGUAUGCCAAACUCUCCUGGAGGAGGGUGCCAAGCUAGACAUUUACGACCCCAAGGUUGAGCCCGAACAGAUCAUUGACGACCUCACGCAUCCGACGGUUACGGAGUCGCCGGAGAAUGUGAAGAAGGCAGUGCAGAUCCACAGCGAUCCAUACAGUGCGGUGAGAGCCACACACGCUCUGGUCAUCUGCACAGAGUGGGACGAGUUCGUAGACCUGGACUUCAAGCGCAUCUACCAGUCCAUGAUGAAGCCGGCGUACAUCUUUGAUGGCCGCAAAAUCCUCGAUCACGAGCGACUUCAGCAGAUCGGUUUCCAUGUCCAGACCAUUGGCAAGAAGUACCAGCGCGCUGGACUGCUCAGGUCGUGGGGCAUUGUACCGCAGCUAUAGGCGCGGCGGACGACGAUGGUUAAGGAGGGGGUGGUGGCAUUUACACUUAAAGUUGGCGAAAUUUCCAGUAUUUGCGAGACGAAAUUGUAAAUAUCUGCAACCCUGCGUUGGACGAUUUAUGGGACAAAGAAAGUCUGACGAAGAUUCUAAGCGAGUAUAAAGUAAUAAUUCUUAUAUUAAUUUCAAGCUUAAAUCUAAUCUAGAAAAGUGUUUGCAGUCCAGGAAAAUAUUACUAGAUGUUUAGAGUUUAAAGUUCUCAAAUGGUUUCCAUUUUAAUUUUCACCUCUUAUUAGUAUUAAAUAAUGCGACUCUUUUGUACAUAAUUGCAAUAAGCAAACACAAGCGACGCUUUUAUAAAAAGGUAAUCUGAUAGGAGAACAAUUCAGUUAAAUAUUAAACAUUUUCGAACUUCUGUUAAUUCAUUUCUUCGCCUGAAACUUUUAAUUUUAAAUCCUAAAUUUGAUCCCGACCUAAGAUCUGUAAAGUAUUCAGCUAGAAGCGUAUUUGUAUUCCUAUUAAUUCCAAUUCCUGCGCCGAUCCGGCAGUUGCAAUAUAAAAGCCUCCGCGGGCUCUAUCCUCUCCUGCGGAGGUUCAAUAAUAAAAAAACCAAGCAUUUACACGAAGCUUGUAAAUUUUAUACAAAUAA